UGACGUCACCGGCAGUCUCCGGAGAGAGCCGACGGGCCCCGAGCGGCGGCGCCGAGGCGCAGUCAUGGCGGCCGCCUGCGCCGCGGCUGCUGGGAAGAGCGAGGAUCCGGCGCCGGAGGCCGCGGCGCUGGCCGCCGCCCGGGAGCGGAGCAGCCGCUUCUUGAGCGGCCUGGAGCUGGUGAAGCAGGGCGCCGAGGCGCGCGUGUUCCGCGGCCGCUUCCAGGGCCGCGCGGCCGUGGUGAAGCACCGCUUCCCCAAGGGCUACCGGCACCCGGCGCUGGAAGCGCGGCUCGGCCGGCGGCGGACGGUGCAGGAGGCCCGGGCGCUGCUCCGCUGCCGCCGCGCAGGGAUAUCUGCCCCCGUUGUCUUUUUCGUAGACUAUGCCUCCAACUGCUUAUACAUGGAAGAGAUUGAAGGUUCAGUGACUGUUCGAGAUUAUAUUCAAUCCACUAUGGAGACCGAAAAAACUCCCCAAAGUCUCCUCGGCUUAGCCAAGACGGUUGGGCAGGUUUUGGCUCGAAUGCACGAUGAAGACCUGAUUCAUGGUGAUCUUACCACCUCAAACAUGCUGCUGAAACCCCCCGUGGGACAGCUGAACAUCGUGCUCAUAGACUUUGGGCUGAGUUUCAUUUCUGCACUUCCAGAAGAUAAAGGAGUCGACCUCUACGUGCUGGAGAAAGCCUUCCUCAGUACCCACCCCAAUACCGAGGCUGUGUUUGAAGCCUUUCUGAAGAGCUACUCCACCUUCUCCAAAAAGUCCAGGCCGGUGCUAAAAAAGUUAGAUGAAGUGCGCCUGAGAGGAAGAAAGAGGUCCAUGGUCGGGUAGAAGAGUCUGACAAGUACUGACGUGCUGGCCAUUUGCGUCAAAGGGAAUUUGAAGGAAGGCUC